AUGGCGGAAGGAACAAGAUUUAAAGGUCUAGAGGAACAGCUUAAAAGACAGGAAAUCAGAACCCAAGGAAUAAUGGACAACUGGACAGCGACGGAGAAGCAAUUGAGGGACGUGAUGGCGGCUGAUCGGCAACAUUUGGAAGAGAAAAUCGAAUCUUCCAACAAUGAAUUGAAGAACUUAAUUGCAGCUCUAUCCAAUCAAUUCAGAGCUGCGAUGAGGACGGUUCAUGGUGAUAGAGGAAUUUUGCAGACACCUACAGGGCAUUCGGACAGGCAAAAUCACUUGGGGCGUACGGAAGAAAAUUUCGGAGGAAAUAGGCAGUUUUUGCAAUUGGCCAUUCCAAGGAUGGAAUUCCCAGUCUUUGAUGGAGGAAACCCGAGGGAAUGGAUCCGAAAAAGUCAAAAAUAUUUCCAUACAUUCCAUAUUCCUGAUUCUCAGAAGAUGGAUAUGGUGGAGAUAUUCUUGGAAGGAAAGGCAGACAUUUGGUAUCAGGGGUUCAAAAUCAGCAGGGGAGUGACCAUUUGGGAAAAUUUUACUGUGGAACUCAUUAAAAGGUUCGGGAACGUGAAGCAAUUGGAUCCUGUGGAAGAAUUUAGCAAGCUGCAACAAACUUCGACCGUCCAAACAUAUCAAGAGAAGUUUGAGGAAUUGAUGGUCGAAGUGGCGAUUGUGGUACCAUCCCUUCCAGAAUCUUUUUACAUUUCCUGUUUUCUUAGCGGAUUGAACGAUGAGAUCAGGUCGAUGGUAAAGAUGCAUGACAUAGGUUCUUUGAGUGAAGUCUUUAAAAAAGCUAAACUCCAAGAAUCUGCAAAUGAGGCUUACGCCAAUAAGUAUAGCCCAGUAGCAAAAUUGCUACUUUCCCAUCAACGAGCAGUGGGGGAGGGAAUUUCAAAGGCGGUGGAGCCUCUACUCUAUCGGAACACCAUCAAGGUACGAGGAGACUGGUUGGGCAGUAAGGUUUCAAUCCUGGUAGAUGGGAGUAGUUCCCAUAGUUUUAUUAAGGCUUCAGUAGCCUUUCAACAUCCUGAGUUGAUCAGGAAAAUUAAGCCCUUUAGGGUGAAGGUAGCUAAUGGAGAUAGUUUAUUGUGUAAUAAACGGAUACCACAGUUGCAAUGGGAAAUGCAGGAACAUAAAUUCUUACAUGAUUUCUACAUACUAGAUAUAGAGCCUUAUGAUAUGAUCAUUGGUGUUGAUUGGAUGAAAGCAUACAGCCCUCUUACUUUUGAUUUCAAGAAAUUACAAUUAGUCUUUGACAAGGAACAGGAGUUGGUUACCCUGCAAGGAGAUUCAGAGACUGUUGGUGUGAAAUUACAUAAGGGGUACAGAGCAUCCAGGAUCCAUAACAGGCAUAGGAGGCAACUUUAUGAUCCACGCAUCUUUCUACUGAGUAUUGGCAGUGAGGUAGCUAACAAUCAUCAGGUAAUUCCUGAGGCCAUUACUACUCUCUUGACUCAAUUUGAUGAUGUGUUUAAAGAACCCCACUCCUUACCUCCCUCCCGAGAAUUUGAUCAUCAUAUUACACUAAUCCCUGAUUCUAAACCCUUUAAAUUAGCCCCCUAUAGAUAUCCCCACAUGCAAAAAUCUGAGAUAGAAAAACAAACAACCUCCAUGAUAGAAUCUCGGAUUAUUAGAGCCAGCUACAACCCUUGCGCUUCCCUAGUGCUAUUAGUUCGGAAAAAAGAUGGCACUUGGAGAUUAUGCAUUGACUAUAGACAGCUCAACAACAUCACAGUGAAAGACAAGUUUCCUAUACCUAUUAUAGAUGACCUCUUGAAUUAA